GGAUCAGUCCUGGUUCGCCAGUACGUACUCUCAGCUUGCUUGUUGCAACACAAGAAACCGAGCUGGGAUCAGGGACGAAUCCACCGUUUUGACGCUCUUUUAACUUCCCUUUCCCGAACGCCUGCCAACCUGUGGAGCUUUUUCAGUCGAGAAGGGUGUUGACACACCGAGCGGACAAGAAUCCACAGCACUAUUCGUCGCAUGAUCUCCGAUAUUAUUCGUCACUCAAACCUCUUCGUUUUUUGAGGGGGAGUCCAGCCUGUCGAGGGCCAUACAUUAACAAGCGCAAAGAUGUCAAAGAUCUGUGCUUUGGCGUUAAUGGCAACUGUCUCGCUGGUGUUUGCUGAAGAGCAGAAGUCUGAAGAUGACCCAUUUACCUUUGACUACCACAGACUGCGUGUUGGAGGUCUGAUUCUUGCAGCUGUCCUUUGCCUCAUUGGCAUUACCAUCCUGUUCAGCGGCCACUGCAGGUGCAAGUUCAAGCAGGACAAAAGAAGGAGGGCAGGAAGCAACACUCAGGCAAUGCUCACCGACAAAGGUCGUGCCUGUGAUUGCUAGAAGUUGACGAGAACACGAUGAUGUGGGAUACUGCAGAGGCAGCAGCAUUUGAGACCCAAGUGGAAGGGAUUUUCAUUUUUAAGGAAACCAACCUGAGUUUGAAAGAUGUGGGCUUGUUGCGACUCAUUUGUGACUGACAACUGCUCUGUGGACUGCUAUUCCAGGCACACACACACACACACACUUGUUAAGGCUUUCGUGUCAUAUUAUUCAAUUCAAUUUUUUUACUUUGUCAUAAUUAUUCAUCAAUUUGGGUUAAAAGCUUGAAUUCACCUUUGUCAAAGUGACCUGUUACACAAACCAAUUACAGUUCCUUAUAUAAGUUGUGUCAAUGUACCGGUAUCUCACUACUCAGUAUUGCGUGUUUAAGAAAAAUGUAGAGCUAGGCAUUAGCGACUUACUGUAAGCACCCUAACGCAUGUUUCAUGUAUCCCUGUCACAUACAUAAAAUGUACAUCGUAAUAAUUAUCCAUGAGUGACAAUAUGUUAAAGAAGUUGUUAAUUGAUGAUAAUCUUUACAUUUUCCUACUCAGCUUCUUUGAGCAAUGCCGUGGACGUCACCGUUCAGAAACGCAGUCUGCCAUAUUUCAAUUAAAGGAUCGUUGAAAUAAUAACAAUGAAAA